AUGAUAGCUAUGUCAAUACGUGCUAAAAAAUUUGCUUUAUUUGGACUUGUUAUUCUAGUUUCUGCCGUGGCAUGUAUAUUAACUUUCACGCUAUUGUUAGCCACCAACCAUGUUGAAAAUCCCAAAAAAGUUAGAGCUAUUAAGUCAUCAAAGCUGACUCAGAUUAAAAAUGAUAUGAAGUUAUUAUACGACGCUGAUUUAUAUGAAUAUAACCUAAAUGACAGUGAUGUUACAAUGAAAGAUAAAGUUCUAAAUAAUAAUUUUGAAAAUCUAAGUAAGGAAGACAAACUCCGCGAAAUUUGUGUUUUAGGGAUCAAACUAUUGCGCAAUUAUUUACAUGAUUCUAGUAAAACUGAUUAUUUAAAAGCAACCAGUAACAUUGUAGAUCAGAUUUUGGAGAAAAUUAAAAGUAUAAUUGCGAAAACAACUUUUGAAACUGAUGAAGAAUGGGAACUAUAUAUCGUCGAUAUCCCCCAUUUAAUGGCCAUGUAUGAUUUAAUUGUCGAAGACGAUAGUUCUAAUACUAAUAGAUUAACUCAAUGCUAUGAAUAUAUUACGAAAGUUAUAAACUCUAACAUGGAAUCAACUUAUCCCAAACCUACUGCAUCUAAGACUGAUUCUAAAGAUUCUAAAUCUCAGUUUGAUUUUAUAAAAAUUGGUACACCUUAUUUACUAACAAAUUACAAACGAUCACUUAAAGAUGAGACCUAUAAAAAUUUAUUCGAAAAUGCUAAAAAAAAUAAGAAUUUAGAGUUAGUGAAUAAGUAUUUAAUGACUAAAGAAGUAAGUCACAAAUAUGGUGACUUCCCUGACGAUGGCAGCCAAAUAAAAAAACAAAUCGCUGAUGUCUUUAAGUGCCUUGACUUGUUGAAUAUCGUUAAAUAUAACGACUUGUACAUUGCGGUUUAUAAUUGCCUUCAUGUUCCUGGAAAUAUAAAUUGGAGAUUUCAGAUGAUGAUAGCCAGAACAUUAUCUAUGGCAGAAUCAUUAAAGGAGUACUAG